AGGAAGGGGUAAAAAGAUAAAAAUUGCGAAGUUCAUGAUUGGCAACAAAUGACUACAAAACAGAAGGUUUCAAUACCACAGACUCAAUCUUAAUCAUGGAUUCAGUAGCAAUUUCUUUUAUCGUAAAACCCUAAAGAGAGAGACAGACUGACAGAUAAACAGGCAGGGUAUAUAUAAAUAUAUUUAUUGCAUUGCAUUCUUCUUUUUGUUUGUAUUGCAGUUAACCUCUUAAUCUGGUGGUGCCAUUGCUACUGCUACUCUCAAAACCUGAACGAUUCAUCCAAUUAAAGGGAUUGAUUAGAAUUCGGAGAAGGUUGAAGUAAUCGAAAUCGAGAACGAAGAACGACUACAGAAGAUGGAAGUGCAAAAUUCUGAACAAGGGCAUAUGAUUGAAAUACGUGGGGAUGUGCCAGCUGCAGAGACAAGCCUGGGUGGAAGUACGAUUUGUGGAGGCGCAGCAUGUGGGUUUUCUGAUGCUCAAACCAGUUAUAAAGAUGCAAAGGAACGUGCAACCUCUAUGCAGAAACUUUUGAUGGCAGUAGUGCUUUGCAUUGUCUUUAUGAGUGUAGAAGUAGCUGGAGGAAUUAAAGCCAACAGUCUUGCAAUCUUAACUGAUGCAGCUCAUCUCUUGUCAGAUGUUGCAGCAUUUGCAAUCUCCUUGUUCUCCCUUUGGGCAUCAGGGUGGGAGGCAAAUCCACGUCAAUCUUAUGGAUUCUUCAGGAUUGAAAUUCUUGGUGCCCUUGUUUCCAUCCAGCUGAUAUGGCUUCUAGCUGGCAUACUUGUUUAUGAAGCCAUAGCUAGACUUAUCCAUGAUACAGGUGAAGUUCAAGGCUUUCUCAUGUUCGUUGUUUCUGCAUUUGGUCUAGUGGUUAAUGUUGCUAUGGCUCUCUUGUUGGGUCAUGAUCACGGGCAUCACCAUGGCCAUGACCAUAAUCAUGGGCAUGCUGUGAAUGAUCACGACCUCCAUGACCACAGUCAUAGUCAUGACAGUGAACCGCAUAAUCAUGGAUUAAGUAUAACUUCUCACCAUCAACAUCAGCAGCAGUACCACCACCACCACCAUCAUCAUGGUUCGAAUUACAAAGUAGAUGAUGAGCAUCAUCAUACUCAUGAAGCUGACCACCUAGAGCCUUUGCUCAAGACCUACUCAGAUCGUGAAACAAAACCAGAAAGUGGAGCACGUCGGAAGGAGAGAAACAUAAAUGUACAAGGGGCUUAUCUUCAUGUCCUAGGGGAUUCCAUUCAGAGUAUUGGAGUAAUGAUUGGUGGAGCAAUUAUUUGGUACAAGCCUGGGUGGAAAAUAAUUGAUCUGAUAUGCACCCUUGUGUUUUCCGUUAUUGUGCUGGGAACAACCAUCAGGAUGCUGCGAAACAUUUUGGAAGUUCUUAUGGAGAGUACACCCCGAGAAAUUGAUGCCACAAGGCUUGAGAAGGGUUUAUGUGAGAUGGAUGACGUUGUUGCCAUACAUGAACUGCACAUUUGGGCCAUAACUGUUGGUAAGGUGUUAUUAGCUUGCCAUGUCUUAAUUAAGCGUGAAGCUGAUGCUGACACGAUAUUGAACAAGGUUAUAGAUUAUAUCAGGAGAGAAUACAAUAUUAGUCAUGUGACCAUUCAGAUAGAGCGCCAGUAAAUCCAUGGCGCAGUAAG